CAACCGAAAUGCCAUGGCACCUCCAAGGAAAAAUGCGUCGUCCAACAGCCAUCAGCUGUCUGCUGUGACGAAGAAGAAAAUUGAGUGGUUUCUUGGAAGUACAAACGAGUCGCUCACUCGCAGAGUGGGGGAAUCUGCCAGGUUUGCCUGUGGUCACUCUUUAACCGAGACUGCGCAGAAAGAGAUGCCCGAAGCGGAACUUUCCUGGCAAUUGAACCGACAAGCUCUCACUAUGGAUCCCAGCCGAACUCUUUUCUACAAGGGUGACCUUGACAUAACCGACCUGACCCCGGCAGACACAGGGGUGUACACAUGCGCACUUGUUUGGGACAUGAAAGGGGUAAAGAAUAACGUGACUUUGGGACUUUUUAGCCUGCAGGUUGAGUCUGACUCCCCGACACGAUACGUGUUCGAAGAGGAACCCUUCCAGCUUCACUGUCAUGGGGAGGUAAUUGGGGCUCUCUUCCCCUCGGCCACCCGUCAGUGGCUUCACAACGGCACGUAUGUGACGUCACCAGCACCUACAACGGCCGACAACGCAACGGGGGACAUCGUGGACAGGAUAACCCGGAAGUCGGAAGGGACGUGGGAGUGUCACGUGUUCCACUCGGCCUCGGAUCGUGUCUGGAAAACGGCGUGGUACCGGAUCGCCGUCCAGAGCCCUCCUAGUGUGGCUGACCGCUGGUAUCGUCGGAUAGUGAUGGAGAGACCAGACAUAGCCCUGGCCGUGCUUGGAGGUAUUGUUCUUGUUGCCGUGGUCUUCUUCCUCUUAUCGUGCCUGAAGGCUCGCAACACAGAAGAAGACAGCGAAAAAAAGUUUCAAGGGGAGCGCAAUGGUUGGGAAGAAGUUUUGUCUGAACACAGAGGCCGAGGUAAGCUGAAACCUUCCGAUAUUAGCAGUGGUGAUGAGGAGGAUGAUGACGUAGAGACAGAUAAGGAGGAAGAAGAUGAAGAAGAAGAACGCUCAACAGAGAAGAAAGCCCUUGGAAUUGGCAGUGGCGAUCGACUCGAGGUUUAUGAAAACGAAUCAAACGUUUCGGAAGACGACGAAGACGAUUCUCAUGAUACCGAAGCAGAAAGAAAGCGAGCCCGAACAAAAGCAAAACGCUUUAAAUCAGCUGCAGGUGUAGACGAGGCUGACGAUAACGACGACGGAAGUAACUCUCAAAUCAGCUUUACCGAUGAUGAAACCGGAGAAAGCAGCGAAGCUGAAGACAGUGAGCUCAAUGAUAAUGAGAAUUAUGUUGACAAAACCUAUCGUGACACUAUAGACAAGAACAUUAAUCACAACAGACACAUGGAAAUAACAAGCUAUCAGUCCGGUCAGAGUAGAAAUAAUUUCAUAUCAACGACAAAGAGAUCUAAGGCAACAUUGACAUCUCCAAACGACGUCAGCAAAUCAAAACGAAAGUCAACAGGGAAGUCAAAUAGGACAGAAAGCGACCAUGCAGACAGCAGAGUCGUUGAACGGGACGAGUUGAAAACAUCCAAGUCUGCGGCAACUGCGUGGCUUCUGAGAAGACUACCUUUCCCUAAGGAUCCACUACAACAGCUUGAAAGUAGAACGGUACACGAGAAAGAUUGCAAGAAAUCAAGAAAGGCCCACAAGGAUACCAACAGAAUUCAUGUCAGAGAGAGGGCUUUUUUAAGUGUCGAAUCCGAGAAGCAGAAUUUCUCACGGCGUCCAAAAGUUGGGCAAUUCUGUCCACGGUAUGAAAAACCAUACUUUGGCAUGAAAAAAACUCCACUCGACGUCUUGGGGCGGUAUGCAAGGCACGAGCACAACAAAAAUGAACUCGCUGGACAGAGAACGGGACACUAUAGACGAUAUAAAAAGACAAGGCAACAGUCUUUGAAGGAAAAACCCUUCUUGCAAUACGCAGAGCUAGAAAGACACCCUACUGUUGAAAAAUCUCCUGCGGAGAAACAGACGUAUUGUCACCAGGCAGCAACAGGAAAGAGGUUGCACUCUCAGUUUCGUUGUGAUAAGAAAAAAGGAAGGAAUACAAAUACGUCGCAGAGGUCGAGGGUGGGUUAUUCUGAACUAGAACACCCACCACCCAGAUGGUACCAUCAACCAUCUUGGGUGAGUUCUCAGCUGCAACGAUUUAUUUCAUCCCGUACCAAUUCAAAAUGGUUCUGCGGGCAAAGGUACAGCGCUGUACCCAAAGGAGAGCCGUCACACAUCGAAAAUAGCGACAGAAACAUAGAAAUGGAAGGGAAACACGAGCAAAUUAUACUAUCUGAACGCACCAGCCGUGCCGGUUCUGCAGACAAGGUCGGGUAUGCAACGUCGUGUGACAGAAAACGACGUCACGGAGAAUUUCCGCCAGACGACAAGACGUUUUCUGGCGGGCUUUCCGAGGUCAAGGUCAAAGUGGACAAGUGUAACCGUGUUUUGUCCAGUACAGCCAAUAAGAACAAGUCACUUAUCGUUGCGCAUGAGCCGAGCCUGUCUCUGGUAGCCACUCCAUGUUCAUCAGACUUCUGUGCCGUGUUAAUCCAAAGAGACAACACCACCAGCACGCCUUCUGGAGAGAGUAAAUGUUCAGAAGAUACAGUACGCACACCAAAGAGUUCUAGGGGUAGGACUAGUCAUGAGCAGAGAAUAAUUAAUUUUACAACUAGGUUAUUGUAAUAAAGUGAUGGCACUCGAGGACGCUCUAGUUGUUGAUGUCCAUAAUUUAUCACCAUCACUCUUGCCUUUCUCACUAUGGAUCAGGGUAUUGGCCACAAACAAAAACUUUCCAUCUUUCCCUAUCAUUGGUGUUCUCUUCUGUACAUCAAUUCAUGUGACCUCUUCUCCGGUUUCUACGUGGUCUUCCCCAUGAUCUUUUACCCUGUUGAUUCUAAUCCAACGUUUUCCUUGUUAUGCAGCUGUCUGACUUCCUGAGAGUAUGUCCAGUCCAUCGCCACCAUAAUUAUAGUUUGUGUAUUUUAACUUUGUUUAGGGAACCCCAGGAGUGAUUUUGAGAGCACGCUUGGUU